UUUUCGGGUGCACUCAGUGCACCUGCCUCAUAAUUGUCAUUCUGACCAUGCGAUUCAUGUCAAAACGGUAUCAAUGGUUGCUUAUGAUAUUAUGAACAAGAAGCACAUGAAUUUGAAAAUAUUCAUUCAAAAUUUACUUUAAUUAGGAGGAUUUAGGAUUUAGGGAUUUAGGGUUAGGGUUUAGGUUUACAAUUUGGGAUUUUGGGUUGGGAUUCAAAAUCGAAUGUUAAGGGGUUAGGGUAAUGGAUUGAUUUGUUAUGAUUCUAUGUCAUAUCAUCAUAUUAUAUUGAGAGUACUAAUCAAAGUUCAAAAUUUGAUGUAUUAUGGACGCUUUUAGAGUUGGGUGCACCCCACCUCUAAAAGUGGUCAUAAUACAUUAAAUUUUGAAAUUUAAUGGGUUGUAUUAGUCUAAUAUGAUGAUAUAACAUAGAAUCCCAACUAAUCAACCCAUUACCCUAACCUAUUAACCUUCAAUUUUGAAUCUCAACCCAAAAUCUCAAAUUGUUAACCCUAACCCUAAAUUCCUAAACCCUGAAUCAUUCAAAUUAAAGUGAAUCUUGAAUGAUUUUUGUACAAAUUCAUGUGGUUCUUGUUCAUCAUACCACAAGUGAUGAUUGGCAUCGUUUUCACAUGAAUCGUCUGCUAAGAAUGACGAUUAUGAGGCGGGUGCAUUGAAUGCACCCAAAAAAGUGAGUGCACCGAAAACAUAACCAUAUAUAUAUAUAUGGUCGACGAGAAAUACUCGAUUUUCAAGUCAUAGAAACAACUAUAUCUUGUUUUGUGCUUGUGACAAAGUUUGGGUGUGUGGCUGUCCGGCAAGAGACAAUAAUUUUUUGAUUUUUCAAUAAAUAUUGUUAUGAAGUAUUAUUAUUAUUAUUAUUAUUAUUAUUAUUAUUAUUAUUAUUAUUAUUAUUGAAUUUUGUUUGAGAUAUUGUUUGCGGGAAAUUGAAGGGGGAACAAAGAAAUGUGCCCCCACAAGUUUCCACUACGUAGUGUUGCAUCAAGGGACUCUUUUCUAUUUUCUAACAAUCCCCACCUCCCACCCUUUUUGUUUUCAUUUAUUGAUGUCAUUUGUAGCUUUGAAAUUCGAACAUAGACAUAGUUUAAGGUCGGCUUCCUCUUUACAUAUUCCUUCUCAUCAUGAAGAGAAAAGAGAAGAGGUUGAGGUUGAUGAGGAGAAUACAUUUUUUUUAUUGGCGUGAUUUGCAUUUAGAGAUUGUCAUUUCAAAUUAAAAAUACAUGCAUGCAUUUCAAGUUGGUUGAUGUUAGAGAUGAAGUUAUUUGCUUAUUUUUUUCGUACGUAACUCACUGCUAUAUGUUCGAUUAUCGAUAAGGAUAAUUAAUCUUAUAUUAAUUGUAAUCCUUGUACUCUUAAUUACAGACCUCAUUCGUUAGCAUAAUUAUUUCACUUAACUUUAGAAUGUAUUAUCAAUUAUCGUGAUGGUUGCUCAGGGUGUCUGGUGGAAAUUAAACACAGAUGAGGUUGCUCAAAGUCACGAGAUAACAACAAUCGAAGCCGAGUUGUGGGCCAUUCACCAAGGCGUAAAGUUUGCGUGGGAGAAAGGGAUCAAGCUCCCGAUCACAAAAUCCAAUUCUAAAUUAGCUGCUAUGGUGCUCAUCCAGACUCGCCCAGACUCUUUCCAUACUCUCGCUACCUUUUCCCAGUACAAUCCGAAGACAAAAAAUAGGUUAAGAGCGAUUGAUUCGCGUGGCUCACACAUUCCAUGAAGUGAAUAUAUAAUCGGAGACUUGUUCUCAAAAGCACCGUCUCAUCUAUCCGCCGAUAAAUUCUUUAUCCAGUACAUAUUUGUGGACACAAUUUGGUUGGCAAGCACUGUGCUUUGCUAGUAUUGCGAAGCAAGGUUCAUGCACAUAAACUAACGUAAAAAGGCAUGCUUUGCUUUCCCACCUCAUUCAUUUUCUUUUUGCUACAAAGUCUUUAUGUAUUCAUACAAUAAGAUUCCUGACCAUACUUGAUUGCAUCACUUCUGCUUAGCUCCAUCGAUCGCUCUCACGAUGCUCACAUCCCAACUACUGCAAACUGUAGAUUUAAAUUAAUUAUCUCUAAAGCUUAAAGCUGACUCUCUCUUAACUAAACUAUAAACACAAAGGAGAGGAAGGAAGGUAAUCAAGUAGUUAUCAAUGAUUCUCUUAUUAGUUUGAUUAAUUACUUAAUUUGAAGGAAAGUGAAGUGACUCCAUCGAUCGAAAAGGAGAGGACAGGAGGGCUUCGUGUUGAGGGUUUGUUGAGCUGAACCUUCAAUGUCUUCUUAUGUUAGAGUGUGGUAUAAGAUCUAGCAUAACCUUCUCCCAACAAUUCAAGUUAUUGGGACCAAUUGGUUUAUGACAUGGUAUCAGAGCUGGUUGGCCAAGUGGUUGUGUGUUCGAAUCUCCACGACCCCCAAUACUAACAGUUGAUUAAAGCACAAGGUAUGGUGGGCUUGUGCAAACUUCAAGCCCGUAAGUUGGUUUUCGUUUGAGGGGGCGUGGGACCAACUGGUUUAUGACAUCUUCCCAACAACUCGAGUUAUUGGGACCAACUGGUUUAUGACAUCUUAAUUACACAAUUAAAUAGACUAAGUGCAUGGCAAAGGUCAACCAACAAUAUCAUGAUGCUGUUUACAAAGUGUAAGAGAACACAAUGAGCUUGUCCGUUGGCUGGAAGUUUAGUAGAUCGAAUAGAGUACGUGUGGCGACAAAAAAGGCUUUCAUGGCUGGUUGAUCUCAUCAUGAAGGUAAUUAAUGAGGAGCUUAAUUAUCUAGUUUAUAAGCUAACUUUGUCGGGUGAGAAGUGUAGAAGGCAAGGCUAACUAGAUUUUGCAAUUGGUUUGGGUUCGGUUGGGUCGUGGGGUGUGAAGUCUAAAGAGCAAGAGAUGCAGUACUCACGAAAUUGAUAUGUUAAAGGGUACGAAAAGAGAUAUACGUAUUAACAAAAUCAGCUUCACACAAAGCAACAUAAUUCAGUAAUAACGUACAAUUAAGGAUCAAUACUGUGGAUCAGGCCAUAACCGAUCAAGGGUCAACACAAGUUAAAUAAUUCGAAUGAUAUCAAUUGAUGAACCCAUUUUGACGAGUUUGACUAGUUACAACGGGUCAUAAAAUUUCCCAAUUUGCAUUACUUCAGUUGGCUUAUAAUAAAUUGAGACAUAUAGUGCUUGCUUGUGAAGUUGCACGAGGCCUAUUGAUCACGCAUCAGUUCAAUUACGUUGUUUUAUCUCAUAAAUACUUCACCCAACAAUUCAUAGCAAUGAUGUUAGCCUCUUGGCUGGGGUUAAACAAACCUCACCAAAAUAUCAGAGAUAUGACUGAAAGAGAUUAAGAGGCGGGGAAACAAAUAUUAAUUUGGUGCAGAAACCUCACACUUUCACAUCCACUAGCUAACAAGCAAAUAAGCAGCUUCAUAAACGAGUCAGGAAAAACCCCAAAACCAGUCAUUAGAUUGAUUUUUUUAUUUAUUUAAAAAAUGAACAGAACAUAGAAACAUAUAUUAAUUGUAGGGUUCGUUUGAAAGUUGCGAUUGUUAAAUAGAUGUAUUGUUGAGAAUGCAUAAUAUUAUACAUGUAUUGUCGAAUUUGAUGCAUUGUAGAAUACAACGUUUGGUAUGUGUGAUUGUGUAUGUCGCAUCAGCUAAAAGCUGAGACAAAACAAUCUCAACUCAACUAUCUUAAUAAUCACAACUAAAAGUU